AUGGCAGGAGCUCCUCUGAAUGUAACCACCUUGCUCCGGCUGAGGACUUUGGGUUUCGAUGACUCUUGUUUUCGAUUCGGUACGCUUACGCUUGGCGGUGAUAGGUUUGUGUGCGUUCGGGAGUCUGAUUCUGCAUCCCAUUCCGUCGCCAUAAUCGAUCUACAUAAGGGCAACGAAGUGUCACGUCGUCCAAUCAAAGCUGAGUCUACGAUUAUGAACCCCCGCGAGCCCAUUAUCGCACUCAAGGCAUCUUUAGAGAACGGGCAUUUCAUCCAAGUUUUCCAUCUCGAGACAAAGGAAAAGUUGGGUACUCACCAGUUUGCGGAGUCUGUUGUGUUUUGGAGUUGGAUAUCCCCAACCGAGCUUGCGAUUGUAACUGAUGCGUCUGUCUACCAUUGGACAGUAGGCUCGGGUGAGCCUACCCUUAUGUUUGGUCGUUCUGGCAAGCUUGCUGACCAAUCGACUAAGCUGGUCCACUAUGCGUCUGAUGCGGAGUCUAAGUGGUGUGUGUUGUGUGGUAUAUACUCCACUGACCAGGGUGCAACUGUAGAAGGCGCAAUACAACUUUACUCCACGGAGCGUCGUCAACAACAACUCUUGGAAGGUUACACAGGCACCUUUGGUAGGCUACGUGUAUCCAAGGAAUCCAUGGACACUACUAGUCUUUUGGUGUUCUGUGAGCAUAAGCGCGGAGCCCAAUCGUCUAAGCUACAUUGUAUGGACAUAUACACCCAGCGUGCUGAGGGUUCUCCUCCUCCCCUAAAGGUUUCCAAGGAUAUUGAAAAUUUGCCAUCGAAUUCUGGCGACUUUCCGAUAUUCGUACAGAUACUUGACUCUUGCGGUUUUGUUUGUAUUUUGACUAAGAACGGUUUUGCUCACUACCAUGAUGCAGCUACUGCAACCCACCUUUUCAGUACAAGGAUAAGCGAUGCCCCGCUGUUCGCGGCAGAAGCAAAGUUUGUGGAUGACAAGGUUGCUGGAACGAUUGCCGUGAAUCGUUCUGGAGAGGUGAUAGAAGCACUGAUUGACGAGAACCGUGUGUUAGCAGCAUUGACAUGCGCUGAUGAAGUUCGCAUUAGUCUUGCUACGCGUUACGGUUUCCCCGGUUCUGAGAGCUUGAUGAUGCGUUCCUUUGAAAACUAUUUUUCACGCCGCGACUACAAGCAGGCCGCUAUGCUUGUGGUAACCCUAAAGAAUGGUGCUUUGCGUACCAACGAAACUAUGGAACGUUUUAUAAACGCCCCAGUGAUGCCAGGUGAAACCUCUCCCGCUCUACACUACUUCUCCGUCCUGUUGGAGCACGGUAAGCUUACGCAUCAAGAGUCACUUGGACUUGUGCGCCGCGUAGUAGCUCAGGGGCGUAAAGAGCUCGUGAAGAAAUGGUUGGAUGAGCACAAGCUAACGGAAUCGGAGGAUCUUGGUGAUUUACUGCGCCCUAUGGAGCCCCUUUUAGCCUUCAAGAUCUACGUUUCACUUUGCUGUCACAUGAAGGCUAUUUUAUCUUUGCUCGAGGCAGGCCACGCCACCAAGGUGGUGCCGUAUAUUCGUAAGAUUGCUUCUUCUAAUGUAACCCACACAACUAGUUCAACUGGCGACAAGGUGGCACAGGUUGAGGGAUUGCCAUCGAUGACCGUUAUUGUGGAGCACAUGUUGGCGUCUCAACCAACCGACAUAGUGGGUUUCGUGAACGACUUGAUAUCGGGCCUUGGCCCUGGAGAGCCCCUUUGUGAUGUAGGCAGUGUCGCUGAGAUUCUGAUUAAACACAAUAAGCUCCAGGAGUUGACUAAGAUUUUGCUUGAGUACCUGAAGCCCAACCUUGAGCAGCACUCUGCAUUGCAGACGCGUCUUCUGGAAGUCAAUCUUCAGCAUCAACCACGUGUGGCUGACAUGAUCUUACAAUUGAACGCCUUAACACAUUUCGACAGAGCUUACAUUGCACGCCUGUGUGAGGAUGCGGGUAUGUUUGACUUGGCCAUACAGCACUACGACUCGUUAUCCGAUGUGAAGCGUCUUGUUCUUAAGGCUGGUGGCAAUAUGAAUCGCGCUGUACUUGAAAAGACCUUGAAAAAUAUGACUCCUGAGCACGCUCUAGAGGUUUUACGCGAAAUGUCGGACUCCAGUGAUAUAAGCAACGAACAGGUUGUUUCUUGUGCGCUGACUAUGCACAACCACAUUGGUACUAUGCAUAUAGUUCAGAUGUUUGAACGUUCAUCAUCGUCUGAAGUCCUUUUUUCCUUUCUCAGGGCGUUGCCUGUAAUGUCGCAGGGCGCGGCUGCUGAAAAGAACGACUUGAAUGCAACCUUGGUUUACAAGUUCAUCCAGUGCUGUAUAGAACGCGGCGAGUACGAGGAUUUGGAACGUAUUUGCAAGGAUUCCAAUUGUUACGACGGCGUGCGUGUUAAGGAACUCCUUAAGCAAUCUGCUCUACCAAACCCUAAGAGCCUGCUAAUUGUAUGCCACAAGCUCGGUGAGCUGUCUGAACUCACUGAGUACCUUUACCGUAACGGUAUGGAGAAAGCUAUUGAGGUUUAUGUGAACACUAUCAACCCAGGGGGUGUAUCAACGGUGAUGUCCACCUUAUUUGACCUAUCCGCUCCGGAACAUAUAAUUCACUCUAUAUUGGAGAACCUACACGACCCCAACGGUAUGAAAGCUAUGAUCAAGGUGGCUGAUGAACGUCAUCAGCUGCUUAUGCUUCGCGACUGGCUCGAGAAACGUGUUAACGAGGGUUACAAGGAAACUGAGAUCCACACGGCAUUGGCCAAGAUUCGUGUGUCGUCGCAGGAGGAUGCAGAGAACUUUUUGUUGACGAACAAACAUUAUGAUCGCACAGUGAUUGGUCGAUUUUGCGAGGAACGUGAUCCCAUGCUCGCAUAUUUGAUUUACUAUGAAGCACAGCUAGACAGCGAUGUGUUGCGUCUUUGUUUGGCUAACGGUUUUCACAAGAUGUUGGCAUCAUAUGCACUUAAGCGCUCGUCAACUAGCCUCUGGCGUGAUAUAGUUGUUUCUAAUUCCUCCACAAUAUCUAGCGAUGAUCGCAAGCGUGUAUGUGAGGAAUUGGUAUCUUUGGCACCUGAAUGCUCAAACGCAUCUGAGAUUUCAUGUGCAUUGAAGGCACUUCUUGACUCUGGAAUGAAUGUGGAAGUGAUAGCGUUACUGGAACAGCUUCUUCUAACGCAGACACAAUUUUCUUCUAGCAGCAACCUACAGAAUCUGUUGUUGGCCACCGCAGUGAAGACCAACCCUGCCAAGUUGGAGGAGUACUUGUCCAAGCUUGACAACUAUGACGUUAGCGCCUUGUCCAAGCUUUCUGACAGUUUAGGUCUUUCUCGGAGUUCUUUUUCUAUUUUGAAGAGUGCAGGCCGCGCUUUGGAGGCACUAGACGCCCUGUUGUCUAUGAAAGAGGAUGGCAUAUUGCAAGAAGCUCACGACUAUGUGGCGUCCGUUGAUAAGCCUGAAUUGUGGUUCCGCCUUGGCCGCGCAUAUUUGGAAGAGAAGAACUUACCCAAGGCUAUAGAUUCAUAUGUUCGCAGUGGCGACCUAAGUGACCAUGAGCGCAUAAAGCGUGCUUGUGAAGGUGAUCCUGACCUGUUUCUACGAUGGCUUACGAAUGGUCGCAAGGUAAAGAAGAGCCGAGACCUCGACACCGAUUUGCUAUUAUGCCUUGCUGAUCGUGGUGAUGUCGACCAGUUCCGUGAGGUGCUUGAAGGACAGCAUUCUGCCGAUGUGGCCUUCGUGGGCAGCAUGUUGAUGAAUUCACAGAAAUACCGUGAGGCUGUGAUUAUUUAUUCAAGUUUGCCCAACUAUGCCAAGCUUGCAGUAUGCCAUGUCCAUCUCGGUGACUUCGAGCUUGCUGCAGAUUCUGCAUUGAAGUCUCGCAAUCCUCAGGUGCUCCGUCAAGUGGUCGAAACCUGUGUCGGCGAGGGCCAGUUGUCAAUAGCUCACAAGGUCGCCAUUGAACUUUUGACAUAUCCUGACUUCUUACCUGGCAUAGUGUCACUAUACGAGAACACCGGAAAUGUGCAGGAGCUUAUCAAGUUGUUGGAGGAUUCAUCGCGUUCGGUUGCAGUUUCUACCGAGCUUGCUAUUGCCAUUGCCAAAUACAGACCUGAUGACUUGCUUACUCACUUUAAGAAUCGUUUCAACAGUGGUGAUAUCCUUUCAAGCCUGAAUACAGCUCGUGUUGCCCGUGAAUGCUGCAACUUGUGGUUGUGGAAGGAAGCUGUAUAUUUGUACAGCCUUGACUCACCUGACACUGCGCUGCUCUCUAUGGUUGCGCAUUAUGGUUUAGCGUGGGAUGAGGACACCUUCUUUUCUACGGCUGCUUCUGCCAUUAACCCCGAAGCCCUGUACAAGGCUAUCCAUUUUUGUAUACAAUGCAAGCCAUUGUUGCUACCUCGUCUACUGAUGUGUUCCAAGGGUCGUGUGGACGCUUGUCGUGUUGUUAAGAUUCUGAAGAACUCUGCUUGUCUAGGUCUCGGUCGCGAAUACUUGGAAGCUGUUGCUGACAAGACCAGUGCUUCUGUUAACGACGCAUUAUUCGAGGUAUACGUUGAGGAGGAGGAGUGUGAGCUGUUGGAACGUAGUUUGGAAAGACUUACCGCUUUCGACCAGGUGGCUUUGUGUGCUAUUUUGGAGGAGCAUCAUCUUCCUAAGAUGCGUAGCAUAGCUGCUCAAAUCUAUACUCGAUCUCGUAACUUCUCAAAAUCAGCUUUGAUUCGCCGUCGUAAUGGUGACUUCGUUGCGGCAAUAAAGGCGGUCAACCAGUCACGUAGCGAUUCUCUUGCAUCGGAGAUGGUGCGUUACUUCGUGGAUCAUGGUUUACGAGAGGAAUUUGUAGCCUGUUUGGUUGUGAACUAUUCGCUACUUGAGCCCGCUGCUGUGCUCGAGUUGGCAUGGUUACGCAAGCUGGAUCUCGACAUUUUGAUGCCAUUCCUCAUCCAGACCCUGCGCGAUGUACCGCAUGGCACGCCUAAAGCACCUCCUUCGCAGCGCGCGCCAGCAAUAUUACCUCUGAAUUACUGUUAA